AUGAUAAUCACUCUCAAUUCGAUCUUAUUGCUGGUUGGCGAGGAAACCGCUGCCGCCAGCCUGGUGAGCAUCACAGCCACAGCCAGCAAGGCCAAGGUUGAAAGAGGAAGGGCUGAGGUACGGGUGCGGGCGCGGGGUACCGCGGGCUUAACGUUCCGCGCGCUCCCGCAGAGACCAUUCUGCACCUCGCAGUCGACUCUGACGGUUGUACAAGCGCUAGUUUUUAAUAGAAAUACCAAAUUUGUGAAAAUGGGAGGCUGUGCAACGAAAGAAAACAAGGAAAAUAAACCGGCUGAGGAUGCCGACGGAUAUACGACUAUUGAAGUUUUAAAUAGAAAUGUGGUCGUUUGUGGUGGCGCUGUUCUUGCAUAUUACCUCAUCCGGAGAAAAGCCGCAGCAAUGGUGGACGCCGCAACCCUUGAGAAAUUGGAGGCUGGUUUCAGCAAACUCCAGGCCUCUGACUCUAAGUCGCUGCUGAAGAAGUACCUUACCAGGGAGGUAUUUGAUGCUCUUAAGAACAAGAAGACCUCCUUUAACUCAACACUCCUAGACUGCAUUCAAUCAGGUGUUGAGAACUUGGACUCUGGUGUUGGAAUCUACGCCCCUGAUGCUGAGGCGUAUGUGGUCUUCGCUGACUUAUUCGACCCCAUCAUCGAGGACUACCACAAUGGUUUCAAGAAGACUGACAAGCAUCCACCCAAGAACUGGGGUGACGUAGAAACCCUCGGAAACCUUGACCCUGCUGGCGAGUUCGUAGUCUCCACACGCGUCCGUUGUGGCCGCUCCAUGGAGGGAUACCCCUUCAACCCCUGCCUCACAGAGGCCCAGUACAAAGAGAUGGAAGAUAAAGUGUCAACCACCCUGUCCGGCCUCGAGGGCGAACUGAAGGGCACAUUCUACCCACUCACCGGCAUGUCCAAGGAGACCCAACAGCAACUGAUCGAUGACCACUUCCUGUUUAAGGAGGGUGACCGCUUCCUGCAGGCCGCCAACGCUUGCCGCUUCUGGCCCACCGGCCGCGGCAUCUACCACAACGAGAACAAGACGUUCCUGGUGUGGUGCAAUGAGGAGGACCACUUGCGUCUGAUCUCCAUGCAGAUGGGCGGCGACUUGAAGCAGGUGUACAAGAGGUUGGUGACCGCCGUCAACGACAUCGAGAAGAGGAUUCCCUUCUCCCACAAUGAUCGGCUUGGGUUCUUGACCUUCUGCCCCACCAACUUGGGCACGACGGUGCGUGCUUCAGUGCACAUCAAGCUGCCGAAGCUGGCCGCCGACAAGGCUAAGCUGGAGGAAGUCGCUUCCAAGUACCACUUGCAGGUGCGUGGCACCCGCGGCGAGCAUACGGAGGCCGAGGGCGGAGUCUACGAUAUCUCCAACAAGAGGCGCAUGGGCCUCACCGAGUACGACGCCGUCAAGGAAAUGUACGAGGGCAUCGCUGAACUGAUCAAAAUUGAGAAGUCCCUGUAAGAAGAUUGUCGAUCUCGCGAUAUCAGUAUUUUUUUGUAUUAUUUAUCGUUUCAUGUAAGUAUCGGAUGUGAGGGGUCGACGGGCGAGACUAGUCAGCGGCGUCGCUCACGGCCCGUCCGGGCGCGCAGGCGGCCCUAUAUACUGUUUUCGUAAAAGUAUUUUCUAUAAGGAAAUGGAAAAUAAAGACAGCUAGCAUUAAGACCAAAUGAACUCUUUUAUUUGAUGGUACCUUCAUUCCUCUGUCGUGUAUUCCCUGUAGUGCCAGUGGAGCAGUCCCAUGAUGGGACUAGUGGUAUUUUUUCCCA